AUGUCUAGCACCACAACUUCGGCGACGUACAAGGCUAGCGAUGGUAGAGAGUUAACUCCGUCUAGGAAGAAAGUUCAGGUUUGUAUUCCCAAAAAGAAAGUCACCGGUAUUGCAAGUAGAAUGGUUAAGUCAACCAAGAAAAGCGUUUCCUUUUCGGCUGAGGAGGAGAGCGAAGGUUCUCGAAUCUCCGAGGAUGACCCGGAAUAUGAAAGUGAAGAUGAUAGAUUGAGAACUAGUAGGAAAUAUCCAGCGCGUAGCACGGUCAUUGAACACAAAUUGAAUUAUUCAGAAGAAUUGUAUUAUGAAAGAUUCAACGCGGCAUUUAAUGCUCGCCUCGAGCGUAAUCCCGAAAAAAGCACAACUGAAAGGGAACCAUCUAGCUCAUCUCCAAAGUCGCUUCGUCGUAAAACUCCGAAAAGAAAGUCAUCGGUAAAAGAUAUCGAUUAUUCAGAAAAAAGAUACUAUAAGAAAUUUGAAUCUGCCAUGAGAACCAAAAUCUAUUACAAAAACACGAGAGAACCACUACCAUCUAAAAGACAAAAGGGAAGUAAAGGGAAUGCGGUAUCGGAAACUGUUAAUGAGCCGGAAAAUGAUGAGGGACAUGCGGUAUCGGUUAAUGAGCCGGAAAAUGAUGAGGGAUAUUCGAUAGGCGAAUCUGAAGGUCAUGAAUCAGAUGAUUCGGUGGAAUACGUACCACCCAGCAGAAACCUUCGCAGUAAAGGGACCGCGAGAUGA